AUGACUGAUGACAAGGAGAUGAAAAUUCAAAGCACCGAGUAUCAAAUGCUGCUAGAGGACUUGAAAAAUGAAGACAUCAAUCUACCUGAGAAAUUCGCUGCAGGCAUGCUGAUUGAAAAGCUACCGGAGUCAUGGGCCGACUAUAAAAACAACUUGAAACACAAGGAGAAAAAUUAUACCAUGGAUGAGCUCGUGAAACACAUUCUCAUUGAGAAUUCAAACAAAAGGGAGUUGAGAGCUACCAAGGCAAAGGAGAUGGCUUACAAAGCCAAUCUGGUGCAAAGCAAUAAUAAAAGACUUAAUGAAGGUGACAAAGCAAAUGGUAAUCCUCCUAAGGUGCACUUAAACGAAGGAGAUGAUAUAAUUGCUGCUGUCAUCUCUCAAAUGAACAUUGCAGCCAAUGUCAAAAAGUGGGUGGUAGACUCUGGGGCUACUCGGCACAUAUGUGCAAAUCGAGAAGCAUUUUCCUCCUAUACUCCAAUAGGGGAUAAUGAGGAAGUAGUCUACCUUGGUGACUCACGAACUGCUAAUGUUCUGGGUAAGGGCAAAGUAUUCUUGAAACUCACUUCAGGAAAAACUUAG